CUUCCCUCCCCUGACUGUAUUAAAUUAAAUUAAUAACAAUAAUAGGAUACCACGAACCAGAUCCCCAUUUCGUCACAAAAUCUCUCUCUCUCUCUCUCUCUCUCCUGGUUUUCUCUAUCGCAAGAAGGAGCGCUUCUCUCUCUAGAAAACGUGGCAAGAAAGGGGAUCUCCUUCCUUCUGGUGUCUCUCCGUCUUUGUCUUGGAGAAAAGAGAUCAGGAGAUGACGACCAAGUCUCCAAUAUUCCCAAUGCCAGAGCCCCAACACUACAGUGACUAUGGCUUUGACCCCCAAAUCGACUAUUUUCAGGUUCUUGAAGAAGCCAAGAAGUACAAGAAAGAAGGCAGAACCUUCGAAGCCCAUGAACUGCAGGUUCUGAAGCCAUUGCAGAGAGACGACGAGAAGAAGAGCAAGAAAAGAUGGUGGAAAAGGUCUGUGUUCUUGUUCUGGAAGUGGAAGAGGAGCGAAACCGUCAGUUUCAGAGAGGAAAAUAUUGGAUAUAGUGGGGGUUCAACGAAGAAUGCGGUUUCAGGGCCUGUUUAUGGGACAGAGGGAUGGCGUACGCCUUGCAGAAGCAGUCGUCCUUCUUCGGGUCCACUUUCUGAAAUGGUACCUGAACUUCCAUACCUAAACCUUAAAGACCUCAACUAUGUUCAACCCAGAAUCUCUACUUCCACGCCUAUUUACUUGGUCACUUAGUUUCUCGCUCUCUAAAAAAUCAGUCUCCCUUACUCUUUCUCUCUCUAAAAUUUAUUUGCCUCUAAACCCCUUUUUUCCCUCUAUCUAAAACGAUUCAGACGGACCCAUUUCGCUUUCUCUCCUAUUCUACAAGUACUCUGUUUUCUUUCCUAUUCUACAAGUACUCUGUUUUUGUUACAAGCUCCAGUCUCUCUGUCACUCUUGGAUCAAUUACUUUUUACUUUUACCGCAUUAUUUACAUCUCUCUCAUAUUAUGUAUUUUUGACAAUAUCCCUGACAUUUUAUUUACACCCACCAUUUCAUUUGCAUGACUUUCUCUCUCUUCUGGUUAUUUCAUUUAUGAAUGGUGCAUCGGGCGGUGUAUGUGGUGGCCGUUUCAAGGCUGGCUGCCAUGGAAAAUGCCAAAAAAAUAAAAUAAAAAUUGGAAACGAAGUGAGAGAAAGCAUUCGUAUUUUUCUCUCUCAUCGUAUCCAAAAUGAAGGACAAGUUCAUUAAAGAUGAGCACAAAGUUGGUCCAUCUGUUUGUAUUGUGUGUAAUUUGUUCCGGUAAUCUUGGGCUAUUGUCAUUUAUUUGUAUUACUGACUCAACUCUCUUUAUUUUUCAUUCCAUCGGCAAUGUUGAAGGUAAAGGCUACUAAAAAG